CUGUACCAAACCUGUUUAAAUACUUGAAAGAGUCAGAGGCGCGGACCGUUAACAUUGAGUGGCCUUGGGCUAACACUGUUUACCCUAUGCCAGUACUUGAAAUUAAUUUUAGUGCAAAACAAAAGGUUGUUUUUGCCGUUUAUUGUUGACCCCGCGAAGGGGCCCUUUGAUUGAACGGGGCCCCGGGUUUGCAGCCCAUAAAGACCACGCCUAAAUCCGCCUCUGGAAAGAGUGAAAAAAAAGAAUGAAGUUGCAUCCACAGCUGUGCUCGAAAAUCAGACCAUUGUGUGGGAUAAUGAGUCACAUGAGUUACUCGGAUGAAUCAGUCAUACGUGAAGUGGUCGUCACGGGUUAAGCUUUCGUUGUCUUUACAUUGAAAAUAACGUAUUUUGAAUUUGACGUACACUAGAUCUAAGUUUCUCUUAAUAGCAAUUUUUUCUUAUUAAUAUUUUUAACAUUAAUGAAGAAAUGGAGGAAGAAUUAAAUCGUCCAAAAUGGUUGUUAGAACUGGAAAAUCGUAAGCGAAAGCCACGUUUGGCACAUGAAGCUGGAGCUGGUGCACCAUGCAUGAAUUGUAAGUCGGCUUGCUCUGGUCUUGAUCUGCAUUUUUGGAGAAAAAUUUGUAAAAUUUGCAAGUGUAGCCGAGAUGAUCAUGAUGUUGAUGACGAUGAAUUUCCACAAUUUGUUUUCUUAUUUGGACCAAAUAGAAAAUUUAAACAGAAAUCAUUACAUAUGAGAAUAAAUAAUAAUAAGGGAGAAAAUGAAGAGGACACCAUGUUUGAUUGGAUACCACCGGAUACAACUAAAGAACUUGCUAUAGAUUACAUGAAAGCUUUACCUACGGAAAAAUUACCAAUUAAAGGAACUUCUGGUGCAGCUUUAAGGAGACAUUUGUUGCAGAAACAAUUGCCUUUACAUGACAUUAACUAUAAAGUGUGUGACAAACUUACUGAACAAGAACAAAAACAAUUUGAAAAAUAUUUAGAAAGCUUAAAGAAGUACGUGGGACAAGGCAAAGUGAUAAAGAUGUUUGAUAUCCAGCCACUUGAUUGUUUUCUCAUGACACCCAUCAAUGCGACUGAUAUGCAAGAUUGCAAUCUACAGCAUAUAUCUUAUGUGCCUUCCGAUAAUGUUCAAUUACGCACACCAAAUAGUUCCGCCAUAAAAACCUCGUAUGCAAAUAUAAAACAACUAUAUGAAGGUCAAAAUAAGCAAGAUGCCGCAGACAUCACAUAUGACAAUAAGUUACAUAAUGAAGAAUAUAAUUGUCCGUAUAUACAAAGCAAUGCAUCUGUUAAUAGCAAUAUCGCGAGAACGGAAUCACUUGAACAGAAAGUUUGUGAAAAUUCUCAACCGGCAAAUAUUGUAAAUCAAAAAAAUAUAAAUAGUAAAGUAGUCAACACUUUAACUCCUGCGCACCUAGCCGAACAAGAAAUUGUAUCCAUGCAAACGAUGCAGACUUCUGGAAAAUAUACAUCUCGCAUGGGAAUUCCUUCAAAAAACACCUUGAAAAACACUUUACAAGAAUCUGAAGAAAUAUCAAAAGAUAUCAAGCCGUAUGUCACGCAUUCAGAAACUAGUGAAGCAAGUUCCAUUGCGGACUCUAUGUUGGCAGAAGCGCUUCUUCCACCUAGCGCGAUACACGCUAAGAAUAUUAUCGGAAGCACAUUGGACAAAAAAGGAUUGAUGUUUAUAAGAGAAAAGCUUACCAAUAAGUACAAUGUUACUGAUAAUCCGGUAACGCACGUUACUCCUCAAUUAUCUCGACCAUUAGACCAAGCAAAAUGUAACGAUAUAUUACAGUAUCCAUGUAGCGUCAAAGCUAAGGAAGAUAAUAAUUUUGGAAAUAAUAAUAAGGAAGCAUCAAAUAAAUCAAUAAUCGAAAGCAAUAGAAAUUCCUUAUUGAAGCAUAACUUUGCAGGUUCUAAUAUUGAUCCCGUAUCGAUUUCACAAAAUUCUGUCAAUCCGUUGCAAGCCGAAUUAAAAAGCUCGGUUGUACAACCAACUGUUAUACAUUCAAAACAUUUGCAAAAUCAAGUGUUUGCUCACGUUAUUGAUUCCAAUAAACAACCAAUCACACCGGCACAAGACAUAGAAUAUCUAAAAGACAAUAUUGAGAAUUUAACAAUUAAUGCUACAAAGGUGCAAAAGUGUGAAAACUGUCGUGAAGAUAUACGUAUCGGUGACGUGGCUAUAAUCACGGAAAAGGCUAACAAUGCAUUUUGGCAUCCUGGAUGUUUUGUUUGUUCGGUAUGCAGCGAAUUGUUGGUUGACUUGAUAUAUUUUUAUUAUAAGAAUAAACUUUAUUGUGGAAGAGACUUGGCAGCAUUUUUAGAAAUUCCCCGAUGUUUUGCUUGUGACGAAUUAAUUUUUGUACGAGAAUAUACAGUAGCAGAAGGACACAAUUAUCAUGUAAAACAUUUUUGUUGCUGGGACUGUGAUAAGCCAUUAGCUGGACAACAAUAUAUUACCGAGAAUGAUCGUCCGUUAUGUCUUCUUUGUUAUCAACAAUCAUAUGCAAAAAUAUGCGCUGCCUGCAAUAUAGUAAUUGCUGCUGAUCAACAGGGUGUAUCUAUAAAAAAUUUAAAUUUUCACGCAAAUGAAGUUUGUUUUUGUUGCUACAACUGUAAAAAAAAUUUACUGAACGGUAGAAUAGCGAUAAAGGAAAAUAAGUUAUUUUGUAGCAAAGAAUGUAUUGCAAAGUUUCUUCAUUGAUAAAGUGAUAGGUGUUAAAAUAGGAGAUUUGUUUACAGUGACUUACUCGCUUUUCGUAAUGUAUCGCGGUCAUCAGAAAAUGAUUUGAUAGAUUUAGAUAUGCUUGCUAAUAUUUAAAAAUACAUUUAUUAAUUUUAUUUCAGUAAAAUACUUAUUUUACAGUAUUUUUAUAAUAUUUUAAUGCUUUUUUUUAUUACAUUUAAUAUUUUUUUUUACAAAUUUGUAAGCGUUUUACAAUGGAACAUCAUCCAUAUAUUAUACAGAGUGUUUGAAAAAAAACAAAAACAAAACUUCGAUAAUUUUCAAUUAGAAAGUUACUUAUUUUGUACUAAUUCUUAUUUUAAGCCUAGAAAGAGAUUUCAUAAUAAUCAAUGACUUACAGCAAAUUUAUAUCAAAAGUUAAACGUCUAAUAUCAUAAAAAUAUAAAUCGCAUUUUGAUGUAACACAAAAAUUUAGUUACGUAAUAUAACAUAAAUUACGUAAAUAUUUACGUAAUUUAUGUUAUAAAAAUUCAGCAAACAUUGUCAGCAGAUUAACAGCAAAUUAUCGUUUUUUUUUUGACAAUUUGUAUGUUUCAGACAGAUUUUACUAUUGAGAUAUUGUAUAUGAAAUAAUGUUCCCAAUAUAUCAUCUUGUAAAUAAAAAUGAUUAUUUUAUACUUUUA